AUGCUUGUGUUAAAGUCUUCUUGUAUUGUUCCUUUGAGGAGGAACGUCACUCGCUCUGUAAUUAGUCCUAAUUUCCGACGAACACUUCAGACAGGAACUGCAGCGGAAGAAACGGAACAAUGCUUUAUAGAAGGUUUAUCAGGAGACGAUAAAGGUGUUAUUCAAAGACUUUUGCAAUUAGUAUCUGUCAUUUUGUAUAUUGGACAAAUUGAACAUUAUCAAUUGAACAGAUUUCUACGAAUAGGAAUAUCUAUACUAUGUAUCAAUCGACCGAAAGCUAAAAACGCUCUUUCGAGAAAAUUGGUUGAAAGCUUUCGUAAAGCUGUUGGGUUGUUAAAACAUGACAACGAGACUAGAGUUGUAUUGCUGAAAAGUAUGGUUCAAGGCUCUUUUUGCGCAGGAGCAGAUCUAAAGGAGCGUGCGGCAAUGUCUGCAGAUGAAGUCAAGCAAUUUCUUCACACAGUCCGGGUUUCGUUUCAUGAGCUCGAAACUCUUCCUAUUCCGACUAUUGCAUUAAUUGAUGGCGUCGCAUUGGGCGGUGGACUUGAGCUAGCAUUAUGUUGUGAUCUGAGAGUUGCAGGAGAGCAUGCGAAGGUUGGGCUACCGGAAACAAAAUUGGCCAUUAUUCCUGGGGCGGGCGGCACACAGCGACUGAGUAGAUUAAUUGGGCUUGCCAAAGCUAAGGAAUUAAUUUAUACUGGUCGAAUACUUAAUGCCCAGCAAGCAUUGAAAGAAGGCAUCGUGAAUUAUGCCGCCAAGGAAGGGUCAGGAUACCAAUUAGCUCUAAAUUUGGCAAGAGAGAUCUUGCCUAGUGGACCAGUUGCACUCCGAAUGGCAAAAGUAGCGAUCGAUCAUGGAAGCCAACUUGACUUAGAUGCGGGCUUGGAUUUGGAGCAGUCGUGCUAUGCUCAGGUCAUUCCGACAGAAGAUCGCAUUGAAGGCAUUCGCGGAAAAACGACGCCCUGUAUUCAAGGGUCGCUAAAUCCAACGUCUUUGUAUGCAAAUCAAUUUGGUAAUAGAAG